GAACGGCAAUAAAUAAAAUCAGGCACCAGAUCAUUUCAUUUGUCGUAAUCAUCACAUAAUCAACAGAAACAAUGAAUGGAGAAAGUUGGUUAUUCAUACUUGCCGUUGUGGUCAAUGCAGUAAACUUGUUCUCUCAAGUGUUUUUCACCAUCAUGUAUUCCGAUUUGGAAUGCGACUACAUUAAUCCAAUUGAAUUAUGUAACAAAUUAAACCCUUGGUUCAUUCCAGAAGCUGGUUUACAUGCAUUCAUUUCCAUUUUAUUCUUGGUUAAUGGUUACUGGUUCCCAUUUGUCUUAAACUUGCCAUUAUUGGCUUAUAAUGUCAACAAGUUUAUCGGUAAGAACCACUUGUUGGAUGCUACUGAAAUCUUUAGAACUUUGUCUAAGCAUAAGAAGGAAAGUUUCCUUAAAUUAGGAUUCCAUUUGUUGAUGUUCUUCUUUUACUUGUAUAGAAUGAUCAUGGCCCUUGUCAAUGAAAAUUAAAUGGGCCAUUACAGGAGGUGAAUAGAAGGUUGCAUCCAAGAAAUUCUUCCAGCAAGGAUUUAAGACAGAUCUAUAUACUCAUAUGUAUCAUGCUUGUUAUUUAAUAAAAUAUCACAUCUA